AGGAGACAGACCCCAGCGCCUGCGCUCCUGCGACUCCCAUUGGCUGGCACUUUGUACAAAAUCUAACUCCAACCACUUCACUCCCAACACAGCGACAAAUCCUGAAGGCGCACAUGCAGCCUCCUCCAUCUCUCCUCCGCCGCUUCAGAUCCUGAUGAAGGCGCUCAACGCUCAACUUUUAUCUGCUCUCUUGUUCUGCUUUGAGGAGGCCUGGUCCGGUUCCUGCUCCGCUCUGUGAUCCCAUGAUAUUUAUUCGCUUUUCAUCCAGCAGGACUGCUCAUUUUCAGAGAGUUUUACGAUUUAUCUGAAGGAAACAGCACUUUCCAAACAUCCACGGUACGGUGACGGGUACACGGGAAACGCCGGGAGUGGAGGACAGCCAGAGCGCAUCAGGAGUUACAUCCAUUUUCAAAAUUUUCUCCAACUUCAACCCCCAAACAAACAUUAGCAUGAUGUCGUAUCUAAAGCAACCACCUUACACGGUCAAUGGCCUGAGCUUAACUACCUCUGGGAUGGAUCUUUUACAUCCGUCAGUGGGAUAUCCAGCUACACCACGGAAACAGAGGCGAGAAAGGACUACUUUUACGCGCGCACAGCUCGACGUGUUGGAGGCGUUGUUCGCCAAAACUCGGUACCCUGACAUCUUUAUGCGGGAAGAAGUGGCGCUGAAAAUCAAUCUUCCCGAGUCCAGAGUACAGGUCUGGUUUAAGAACAGGCGGGCAAAGUGUCGUCAGCAGCAGCAACAGCAGCAGAACGGCGGACAGAACAAGGUGCGACCCCCCAAAAAGAAAAGUUCCCCAACUAGAGAAGUGAGCUCGGAGAGCGGGGCCAGCGGUCAGUUCACGCCCCCCACCAGCACCACCACGGUCCCCGCCAUCUCCAGCAGCACCGCGCCCGUUUCCAUAUGGAGUCCGGCGUCCAUCUCUCCUCUGUCAGAUCCCUUGUCUACCUCCUCCUCCUGCAUGCAGAGGUCCUACCCCAUGACCUACACCCAGGCGUCGGGGUACAGCCAGGGCUACGCCGGCUCCACCUCCUACUUCGGGGGAAUGGACUGCUCCUCUUACCUCACUCCCAUGCACCACCAGCUCUCAGGCCCGGGCUCGACCCUCAGCCCGAUGAGCACGAACGCGGUCACAAGCCAUCUCAAUCAGUCACCGGCGUCCCUCUCCACCCAGGGCUACGGGACGUCCGGCCUGAGCUUCAACUCCACAGCAGACUGCUUGGAUUAUAAGGACCAAGCGGCGUCGUGGAAGCUGAACUUCAAUGCCGAUUGCUUGGAUUAUAAGGAUCAGACGUCCUCGUGGAAAUUCCAGGUCCUGUGAACAGAACUCGCGCACAAACUCAUGAGAACACCCGAAGAAAAACACCCGAUCAGACUGCUUCAGACGCGGGCUUGGCGCAGCAGUGGGGCUCUCUGGCGCGGGGAAUGGGGGGAGGUGGGGGCAUGGAGAUCUUUGGUUCUCCUUUAGAGGAGAGGCUUAAUUUAUUUUAGCACUGGGUUCCUUUUUUUUCUAUUUUUACAGGUUGUAGCCCCCUUUUUUAUCCACGUCUGCCUCUAUCCGGGAAAAAAGAAAAAAAAAAUCACCUGUUGAGGAAAACAUGAACUAAACACGGAACUAGAGAACACUUGGUGAUCGGGGACUUCCUCUGAGCUUCUUCUAAAGUUUGAGACACGAGGAUGGUGCGUGGACAUGGAUGCACUACUUUAUUUAAAAAUAUGUUUAUAAGGAAUCAAUAUGUAGUUUCUAAGAGACAAUCAGUGUGCGUCUUAUAUAACUGGUACAUACAUAUGUGUGUUCUUUUUUUAUCUGUGCUAGCCUUCUAAACUGUGAUCUGUUGUAUUGUAUGCAAUUUGUGAGCCGCCCCCUCCUUCCCUCACAUCAGACUUUGCUGUAAUUUUAAUAGAUUUUAAACUUUUUUUUCUUUAUAUUUUUUGUUUAUUUUUUAAUUUUAAGGAUGGAAAAAUGUUGACGAGAGAUACAUAGAAAGAA